AUGCGGGAAAUAGUUCAUGUUCAGGCUGGUCAGUGUGGCAACCAAAUUGGUGCUAAGUUCUGGGAAGUGAUCUCCGAUGAACACGGCAUUCAGCCCGACGGUGCAUAUAAAGGUGACUCAGACCUUCAACUUGAACGCAUCAGUGUAUACUACAAUGAAGCUAAUGGUGGCAAAUAUGUGCCACGUGCAGUUCUUGUGGAUCUUGAACCAGGCACUAUGGAUUCUAUCAGAGGGGGAGUUUUCGGCCAACUAUUCCGUCCAGAUAAUUUUGUUUUUGGACAAAGUGGAGCAGGAAAUAAUUGGGCCAAAGGUCAUUACACCGAGGGCGCUGAAUUGGUUGACAACGUGCUCGAUGUCAUCCGCAAGGAAGCUGAGGGCUGCGACUGCCUGCAAGGCUUUCAACUUACGCAUUCGUUAGGUGGAGGUACCGGAUCCGGUAUGGGGACAUUGUUGAUUUCAAAAAUUAGGGAGGAAUAUCCAGAUCGGAUCAUGAGUUCUUUCUCAGUUGUUCCGUCUCCAAAGGUUUCCGAUGUUGUAUUAGAGCCCUACAACGCAACGUUAUCUGUACACCAGCUCGUUGAGAAUACGGAUGAAACAUUUUGCAUUGACAAUGAAGCCUUAUAUGACAUUUGCUUCCGCACUUUGAAACUCACAAAUCCGACUUACGGAGAUCUCAACCAUCUAGUUUCUGUUACUAUGUCCGGAGUAACUACUUGCCUCCGGUUCCCGGGUCAACUGAACGCGGACUUGCGCAAGCUCGCUGUUAACAUGGUUCCGUUCCCACGUCUUCAUUUCUUCAUGCCAGGAUUUGCACCACUCUCAGCUAGAGGAGCAGCGAAUUAUAGAGCUCUGAAUGUUGCAGAACUCACUCAGCAGAUGUUUGAUGCUAAGAAUAUGAUGGCUGCAUGUGACCCAAGACACGGACGAUAUCUGACCGUUGCAGCAAUGUUCCGUGGACGUAUGGCAAUGAGGGAGGUGGACGAGCAAAUGAUGCAAGUUCAAAACAAGAACUCAUCAUACUUCGUCGAAUGGAUCCCUAACAAUGUUAAGACUGCAGUUUGCGACAUUCCGCCUCGUGGUUUGAAAAUGAGUGCGACGUUUGUUGGCAACACAACAGCUAUUCAGGAGCUCUUCAAGCGAAUUUCAGAGCAGUUUACAGCAAUGUUCCGUCGUAAAGCUUUCCUUCACUGGUACACUGGUGAGGGUAUGGAUGAAAUGGAAUUCACAGAAGCUGAAAGUAAUAUGAACGAUUUGGUGUCGGAAUAUCAGCAAUACCAGGACGCUACUGCAGAUGAUGAGGGUGAACUUGAUCAUGAUGGCGAAAGUGAAUAUGUUGAACAGGAAGAGGAGUAA